CUCCUCCAUAAAUAAACCUCCCACGAACGAACGUACUCAAAACAAAUUAAACAUAAAUAUUUAAAUUAACAACUUAUUUUAUUUGACCUCUCUCAUCUUCUUCAUGGGUUCUGUUAAUGGUGGUGACAGGAUCAAAGGUUCUUGGAGCCCACAAGAAGAUGCCACUCUGAUCAAGCUUGUAGAGCAACAUGGACCAAGAAACUGGUCUAUGAUAAGCACUGGUAUACCAGGCCGGUCAGGGAAAUCUUGCAGGCUAAGGUGGUGCAAUCAGCUUUCACCCGAGGUGCAACAUCGCCCAUUUACGCCAGCGGAGGAUGCCAAGAUCGUCCAGGCACACGCCAUCCACGGCAAUAAGUGGGCUACGAUUGCCAGACUCUUGCCUGGCCGGACUGAUAAUGCUAUAAAGAAUCAUUGGAACUCUACUUUACGUAGAAAACGUGGGAGCGUGUCAUCUGCGUCAUCUGAGUCGAAUUCAGUUUUCAAACGCUCGACUUUGGAGGUGUCGGUUGUGUCUGAGUCUGAGUCUGAUUCGGGGUCCAAGAGACAGUGCCUGCAUGCUUCGCCGGGGCAUAAUAGUGUUAAUGGAGACGUGGGAGUGGAUGGGCCUGAGACGUCCUUGACAUUAUCUCCGCCGGGAGAUGGUUUUGUUUCGAUGGCUGUGGCGGAGAAAUUGAAGGAGGGUGUGGCAGUAAAUGGCAGAGAAAAGGAUCUUGGCGAGUCAAUCAUGAAAGAUGCUGAGAAGAGAUGUACAGAGGAGAUGGACGAGGAUUGCGUGAGGGCUCUCAUACAGAAAAUAAUACAAGAAGAAGUUAGGAUUUAUUUUGAUAGAUUAAAGACUCGAAAUGGAGUUACAAUUGGAUCUCUAAAGGAUAUAUGAUCAGAACUGCUUCGAUCCUUGCUGCUUUUAGUUUAUGUUUUUUUUUUAAAUACAAAUUAAUAGGACUAGUCGUUCCUAUUUUUAUUUGAUGCCUAAUUAAUCAACUGGGCAGUCCUAAGUUGUCGCCAGCCUGGCUUUUUCUCCAUGAUACAGUUUUAUUUGAGAUCACAGUUUUGAUCUCGUAUUCUGCUGGGCCGGCAGUCUACCCUAA